AUGGAUGAUGAAGUUGUUUCUGAGACUCCUGUUCAAGCUUCUGGUAGUGUUGAUUCUGAAAAAGAGAAAUUGAGGCAGAAGAUGUCUAGGAUACCUAAUAGAAUUUGUUUGACAUCUGAUGUGUGGACAUCAUCUACCACUGAAGGAUAUAUUUGUCUGACAGCUCAUUUUGUUGAUGAGAAUUGGCGACUAAAAGUAUUCUCUAUUACUUUAGAUAAUGCUUCUGCAAAUGACAACAUGCAAAACAUCUUAAAAACUUAUCUACGUAAGCAGAAUAGUUUGCUUUGCGAUGGAGAAUAUUUUCAUGUGCGUUGCUCCGCUCACAUUUUAAAUUUGAUUGUGCAAGAAGGGUUAAAGGUGGCUGCUGGAGCUUUAUUUAAAAUAAGAGAGAGUGUGAAAUAUGUGAAAGCUUCUGAUGGGAGAAUGAUGAAAUUUAAAGAUUGUGUGCAGCAAGCAGAAAUUAAAGAAGGUGUUGGUCUAAAAUCAGAUGUUCCAACUCGAUGGAAUUCUACAUAUAUGAUGUUGGAAAGUGCAAUUAAAUUUGAAAAAGCGUUUGACAUCCUUAGUGUUGUAGAUGGAGCUUAUAAAGAUUGUCCGACAAAUGAAGAAUGGAGCUUAGCAAAAAAAAUGUGUGAAUUUUUAGAGCCAUUUUAUGAAACUACAAACCUCAUUUCGGGUUCAUCAUAUCCAACAUCAAAUUUGUAUUUUAUGCAAGUUUGGAAAAUUGAAUGUCUUUUGGAAGACAAUCAAACUUGUGAUGAUGUUGUUAUUAUGAACAUGGCUUUCAGAAUGAAGAUGAAGUUUGAUAAAUAUUGGAAGGAUUAUAGCACUGUCUUGGCUUUUGGGGCAAUUCUUGAUCCUCGAUUAAAGUUAAAGUUCUUGAGGUUUUGUUACAAAAAACUAGAUCCUUCAACCUUUGAAUUGAAGGCAAAUGAAGUAUUGGAGAAAUUUAAAAGGUUGUAUGGAGAGUACAUAAAUACUUUUGGUGGUUCAACAAUUUCUCAAAGUAGUAAUCAAUCUCCUAUGUCACCUGAAGAAGGAAGGCUUACAAAGAAGAGCAAAAUGGUGAUGAAGGAGUUCAGAGAAUUUGACUGUGAAACCCAAACUUCCAAGGAUAAAGAUGAAUUAGAGAUUUAUCUAAAAGAAGGUUUGAUUCACACCAAUGAAGAUGAUUUGAAGUAUGAUGUGCUGAAUUUUUUGAAGAUUAAUUAG